UCAAAUUCAUGAAAUGUGCACAUAUUCAUAUUCCUUCUAAAUUUCACAUGAAACUUAAAAGACAAUUUCUAGCAUUAGUAACUCAAUACCGAUAUCAGAGUAAGAUGGAAGUUGACAUAUCAGGUCUGCGGAAACAAUGUAGGAGUAAGGAUGAUGCUUUCCUAGAAAAGGACUUAGUAUCCGAAGAGCCGAUUGGGCAAUUCAAGGCUUGGUAUGAUGAAGUGUGUGCAUCUAAAGAUAUCCUUUUCCCCGGUGCAAUGUGCCUUGCCACGGUGUCACAGGAAGGAUUUCCAUCUGCUAGAUACGUCAUAUGCACAAGCUUCAGUAAAGAUGGUUUCAAGUUCUUUACUGACUACAGCAGCAGAAAGUCUAAAGAAAUGGAUAAAAACCCCAACGUAGCGGCCACAUUCUACUGGGCUGCCUGCGACCGAUCCAUAAGAAUCGAAGGUCAAGCAGAAAAAUUACCUGAAGAAGAAUCCACAGGAGCGUUCAAGUCUCGUCCAGUUGACGCUCAGGCCGCUGUAUGGGCUAGCGCGCAAAGUAUUGCGAUUGAAUCGAAGGCUUUAUUAGGCGAGCGACAGAAUGAGUUGAUAAAUAAGUUCCUGGCUGAGAAAGAGGUGCCGAAACCAAGUUACUGGGGAGGAUACAUAAUACGGCCGAGUGCUGUAGAAUUCUGGCAAGCUCAAUCCAAUCGUCUUUCCGACAGGAUACGGUUCAGAAGACCGGAAGAUAGGGAAACUCCGGAUGGGAAACUGGUUCAUGAAGGCGAAGACGAUUGGGUUUAUGAAAGACUUUCGCCAUAAUGAGAGAUU